AUGUCUGGAAAGCGCGAACCAGAGCCGAUCGCUAUUGUGGGCAUGGGCUGCCGUUGGGCAGGAGGGGUCCGUGAUACCUCCAGUCUCUGGGAAUUUUUGAUCAACAAGCGAUCUGGAUACCACGACUGGGCCGAGCCUCGCUUCUCAGCCAAGGGCUUCUAUCACCCCAACCCAGAACGUCCAGGGACCACAGCCGCCAAGGGUGGGUAUACUGUGACCGAGGAUCCUCGUCUUUUUGAUCCUUCAUUUUUCGGAAUCUCAGGCCUUGAAGCAGAGACCAUAGAUGCGUCACAACGCAAACUCCUAGAGGUUGUGUACGAGGCCUUUGAAAGUGCUGGGGACACUUGGGAGAGCAUCAAUGGGACACGCAUGGGAGUAUACGUUGCCGACAUCUCAUACGACAAUUCCUAUGCACAAACCCGGGACUGGGAAUAUGCGAGGCCACAUGCCACCACUGGCGUCUGCCACAAUAUUCUGAGCAACCGCAUCAAUUAUGUUUUCAAUCUGCACGGCCCAAGUGUCACUCUUGACAGUGCUUGUACCUCAGCCUUGUACGGCCUUCACAUGGCAAUGCAAGCUAUUCGUGACGGAGAUUGUGAUUCCGCCAUCGUGGCCACAGCCAAUUGGAUAAUGGAUCCAGCCAUGCAGAUAGCCAUGGACAAGCUAGGAGCAUUGUCAGGCACGUCCAUGAGUCACGCAUUUGAUGCUUCUGCAGAUGGCUAUGCGCGGGGUGAAGGAUUUGCCGCUAUAUACUUGAAGAAGCCCGAGAAAGCCAUGAAGGAUGGCUCUCCUAUGCGCGCUCUCGUUCGUGGUAGCGCUAUCGGUGCGAAUGGCCGUUCAAGCGGCAUCACCCAUCCCAGUGGCUCCGCUCAGGAGGCAAUCAUUCGCAAGGCAUACGAAAAUACCGGUGGCCUGGACCCAUCGCAAACGCCGUUCCUUGAGUGCCACGGAACUGGCACACGUGUCGGUGACCCCCUUGAAGUCGAAGCGGCCGGAAAGGUCUUUGGGCCUGGACGAUCCGACGCGCCGGAGGACCGCCUACUCAUCGGGUCCGUCAAGACGAACCUGGGUCACACUGAGGGAGCGGCAGCUCUUGCGGGAAUCUUCAAGGCUGUACUCGCAUUGGAGGCCGGUGUUAUUCCGCCUAGCAUUGGAGUCAAGACGCUGAACCCCAGAAUCGACUUCGAGAAGGCCAAGGCUGAAGUAGUCACUGAGGUCAUUCCAUGGCCCGAAGGCAAGCUGCGACGAGCAAGUGUCACAUCCGCAGGUUUCGGAGGUUCCAUUGGACACUGUGUCCUGGAUCACGUCAAUAUUUUAUAUCCGGAUUAUGUAAAGCCGGGAAUCUUGGGCACCGCGACGCUCAGUGGCAGCUCGAGUAACCACUCUGUUGCGAAUGGAAAUGUUGCGACCCACACCAAUGGCCAUGCAAAUGUUCAUGCAAACGGUCACACAAAUUGUCAUGCAAAUGGGAACAGCAACGGAAUUUCGGCGACCAAGCACGUCGCGAUUUCCCAACAACCCCAUAUAAAGGCAGCAGCCGAUGCUGAUACUCGCCAAAUGGUGCUUUUACCAUUCGCAGCACACAAGGAUGCCUCUCUCAAGUUGAAUAUUGAGGCCCUGUUUAGUGUUAUUGAUCAGCACUCCUUGGCAGAUGUCGCGUACACCCUAGGAGCCAGGCGAUCGAAGCUUUCUCAACGAACCUUCCGUGUUGUGAAUAAAGAUGACGCUGCGCAGGGGCUUUUGAAUGACAUCCAAAAGACCUUCACAGCUGCACCCGAGACUCCAAGGCUGGGGUUCGUUUUCACGGGCCAAGGAGCGCAGUGGCCCGCCAUGGGUGCUGAGCUGUUCGAAUACAGAAUAUUCCGCACUUCCAUUGAGUAUUUGGACAACAUUCUUUCAGCUGUGGCCGGAAGUCGAUCUUGGACGAUUGCAGAAGUAUUGUCAGGAAAGUCUGAGCCUAGCCUUGUGCAAACACCCGAGGUCUCGCAGACGGUAUGCACAGCAGUGCAGAUUGGCUUGGUGAACCUGCUCGUUUCUUGGUCUGUCUAUCCUUCUGGAGUGGUGGGUCAUUCUUCCGGCGAGAUGGCCGCUGCAUAUGCUGCUGGUCGUAUCAGUGCCGCGGAGUCCAUCACAGCUGCGUAUUUCCGCGGUCAGGCUGUCUCUCUGAACAAACAGCGUGGUGCGAUGCUGGCUGUCGGUAUGAGCCUAGAGCAGGCAGCUGGGUAUCUCGAGGGCAUCGAGCAGAACGUUAAAGUUGCCGCCAUCAACUCGUAUGACAGUCUUACCCUGUCUGGUGAACAAGAUGCCGUCGAGAGGCUCUCGGCAACACUCAAUGAAGAAGGAGUGUUCAACAGACUGCUCAAGACCGGCGGUAAUGCUUACCACUCGCAUCAUAUGGUCGCACUCGGCCAAGAGUACGAGACUUUGCUCUCAGAGGGCCUGGACCGCCUCCAAAGCCUUGGACUUCUCGAUGAGCAGGAUCGAUACCCAUGCAUCUCCUGGGCCUCAUCAGUCACACCGCACAAGGACAUCGAUGCAGACAGCGUGCUGGCAGCUUACUGGAGAUCCAAUCUCGAGUCUCCCGUUCGCUUCGCGGAUGCAGUUACGAACCUAGUUCAGGACGAAGGUUUAAAUAUUGGAGCUCUGGUAGAGAUUGGACCGCAUCCCGCCCUGAAAGGGCCCGUGAACCAAGUGCUGAAAAGUCUCGGAAAGACUAUCCCAUACACCGGGUCACUCACUCGAGGAGAGGACAGUCGACGAUCGAUCCUGCAACUCGCUGGAUCGCUAUUUGGGAUGAAUGCGCAGAUCAGUUUGGCCGCAGUGAAUGCGACAGACGGUACGAGUCACGGCAAACCGGUCCUCACACACGGUACUAUGGCCGUCGACCUUCCACCAUAUCAGUAUGGCUAUGGGCCAGUAAGCUACUACGAGAGCCGCGCCAGUAAAGAGUUCCGCCUUCGCAGUGUUCAAAGGCACGACUUGGUAGGCUCCAAGGUGGCUGGGAAUGCAAAGCUCCGGCCCCAAUUCCGCAAUGUUCUCAGGAUGAAGGAUCUGCCAUGGCUCGGCGAUCACCGUCUAAUCCCAGACGUUGUCCUCCCAGCAGCUGGCUAUAUGUGCAUGGCUAUGGUUGCCGCCUCACAGCUCUACGAGGAACUCCCAAACGCACUGCCCAUCGCUGGCUUUUCGCUCCGCAAUGUGGACAUCAAGACGGCACUCAAGAUUCCCGAGGAUCAACACGGAGUAGAGGUGAUGCUGAGUUUGGAGUUGGCUAGUGGAAGCACCGUGCAGGCUCCAUCGUGGACGAGCUUCUCCGUCAGCUCCGUCGUUCGCGACUCGGAGCAAUGGACCGAGCACUGCACCGGUCAGGUCAAGCUAGAUGUCUCUGAUGUUGUCCAGGCCAGCAAACUGUGCCUAGGAACCGAGUCUCGAGCUGUGGAUUCACGAGCGUGGUAUAAGACUUUCGCCUCCAUCGGACUCGGCUACGGGCCUGCUUUCCAAGCCCUCUCAGCAAUUCGUGCAGUGCCCACCGAUAACCUGGCGUCGGCCAAUCUCAACCUCAAGACAACAGCCGGCAUGGUCAGAGGAGGCGAAUCCGUGUAUCCGAUCCACCCCGCGUCGUUGGAUGCCAUGAUCCAGCUUGGCCUGCUCGCUUGCCACGGGGGGCAAAUAGACCAGGCUACUACGGCAUUUGUACCCAUCCAUUUGUCACAAUUGUAUCUACGCACCGGUAAUGAUCAAGGCUGGGGAACGGCCGUCGCUCAUGGUGAGUUACGGGGCCUGCGAUCUGCCUACCUCCAGCUCCAACUGCAGAGCCAAGCAGGCGACUUGCUCCUCGAUAUCAAGGACCUUCGCUGUAUCAGCUUUAUGCUAGAUGACCGAUCGCCUGCCCAGGGUCACAGCAAGGCGUACGCCAGUCCAUUCAUGCGCAUGGUUUAUAAACCUGACUUCCGUGCGUUCAGCAGCCGGCAGGCACGCGGCCUGUUUCCACCUCCAACCGAGAACGCCUCCUGGGUCCCGAUUUUAGCUUCUCUUGAGAGUAUUGCGGCGUUCAUCGCAGUCGAUGUAUACGAUACGUUGAUCAGCGUGGUUAGCGCCGAAACAGAUACAUCCAGAACUUUGGGACAUUACCUCGCAUGGUUGAAAAGACUUGUUGAUGAAUCUGGAUCACCCCGGAUCCUUGAAGUCAAAGCGCUCACUCCAGCCCAGCGUUCUCAGGUACUUGGAGAGCUUUACGAAGAGACCAGUGAUGUACUCGAGGCGAAGGCUCUUCGGCGUCUGCAUGAAAGCAUGUCCGAUAUUCUGCAGGGCAAGAAGACCGGCGAAGAGGUCUUAGCGCUGGAUGGACUGUUGACCGAUCUCCUCGAGGAUAGCCUGUUUCUCACUGGUGCCUAUCCCCAGAUCACGAGGCUCGUUGACAGCAUUGGGCACGCCGAUCCUAAUACCAAGAUCCUAGAACUUGAGGGAGGACGGGGACGCGUGGCUGGCUUAGUGCUAGAGGCCCUUAGCAGCACAAACGGCAUCAAAUGUUACCAGGAUUACACCGUGACGGACAAAUCCGAGGCCGCACUCCAGAGGGCUCAAGGCCAACUUGCCAGCUACCAGGAUGUUGACUUCUCCGUGUUGGACAUCAGGAAGGACCCACUUGAUCAGGGAUUUGAGCCAGUCUACGACGUGGUUCUCGCCUCGCAGGUCAUCCACACGGCUUCGUCGGUAAUUCCUGCUCUCAAAAACGUCAGAAAACUACUGAAGCCCGGUGGCAAGCUCAUCCUGGCUGAGGUCACAGGAAACAGCGCCUGGGUCGGGCUCAUCGGCGGCGCCCAGGCCGGCUACUGGCACGGGGCAGGGGAUGGGCGCCUUGAUGGACCAUUCCUAGAUAUCACCGGAUGGGAUAGAUCCCUGAGGUCGGCUGGCUUUUCGGGAAUAGACGUGUCUUUAGAUGAUUACCCAUCUCCGACAACGCAUUCGAAUGUCUUGGUUUCGACUCGCAUCAUCCCAGACGCCUCUCCUUCGUCCGGGGAGGUCUGGCUGCUCCACGGAAAGAGAGCCCCGGAUUUGCUGAAGCAGCUCGCAAGUGAGCUGGAUAGUCGCAACUUAGUUACAAAGACCCUGCCGCUAGAUAGUGUGCUGACCAACCUGCCUGCCGAAGCACGCGUGAUUGCCUUUUUAGACGACGAGAACCUAUUGUUGGAUACCAGCGAGCUGACCCUGGAUAUCUUCAAGUAUCUCGCGCAUAACACGGCUAGUAUGGUGUGGUUGACGUCGACUGGCAUGGCUCAGGGCCACAACCCCGACGGAGCAGUGGUGGUAGGCCUCCUACGCACGAUCUCAACGGAGGCACCGACAGGCCGCUUCUUCUCUGUCGACAUCGAUGCCGAUCACUUCGAUGUCGGAGAGUUGGACACGAACGAGCUGAUUCGUGCUCUCGCGGACAAGGAGCAGGGACUUCAGCAGCCAAACUAUGACCAAAGUGAAGACCGCGAGUUCGCCUGGCACAGUGGCUGUCUGUGGAUGAGUCGGCUGGUCCCCGAAGCCGCGUUGCACGGAUAUGCAGAGCGCAGUCAGACACCAGCGACCCACGGCGCUCAGCUCUUGCCGCUUGACAGCCAGGGACCGGUGCGCGCCGCUUUCGAGACGCCGGGAAUGCUCAGUUCGCUCUACUUCAAGCCUUACACCGAGCUGGCCCAACCUCUCCCGCGGAACUCGAUUGAGGUCAAAGUAGCCGGCGUGGGACUCAAUUGGAAGGAUUUGGCACUCUCAACGGGCCGCUUCGACAUGAACAACCUUUCCUCUGAAUAUUCCGGUGUCAUCACGAGCGUCGGUGCGGAUGCGGCCUCUCGCUUUGCCGUAGGCAAUUUAGUAUACGGUCUAGGCGAGGGCCACUUUGGUAACUAUACACGCGUGCCUGGCGCCCUCGCGCAGAAGGCGCGCGAUGGCGACGAUCUGCUCGGCGUUGCUACGAUGCCGGUGGUCUUCAUGACGGCCAUAUACGCGUUUGAGCAUCUGACGCGCCUGCGCCGGGGCCAGAAAGUCCUCAUCCACUCUGCGUCCGGUGGUGUCGGUCUCGGUGCAAUCCAAUUGGCACAAGCCAAGGGUGCUGACGUUUAUGCGAUGGCCGGCACGCCAGAGAAAGUACGCUUCUUGGUUGAGGAGGUUGGCCUCCCAUCGUCACACGUGUUAACGCGUGAGCCUGAGGAGUUGGCGCGAGCCACCGUUGCCACGGGCGGCUUUGAUGUAGUUCUAAGUACGGCCCAGGGUAAUGGGCUGUAUGACUCAAUCAACGCGCUCGCUCCCCUGGGCCAUCUCAUUGACCUCGGUCGGGUGGAUGUCAAUAGCGCCAGAGCAAUUGGUCUGGAGCUGUUCCAGAAGAGUGCCAGCUUUUCGUCCUUCGAUCUCGCUCGGCUGGUGCGUCGUGACCUGGGUCUUGGAGCUGAGCUCAUGCAAGCCGUAGAUGAGCACUAUCGGGCUGGGCAUAUCCGUCCCAUCCAUCCCAUGGCAGUCUCGGAUAUCUCCCAGCUCGAUCAGACGCUGCUUGGUUUCUCCAAGGGAACCCAUGUUGGUAAGCUGGUAGUGAGCUUCCAGGAUCCUCACACGCUCGUCAGGAUGGUACCAGCAUCCCCGGCGGCCCGAUUUGACCCCGAAGCUUGCUAUGUUGUCACCGGCGGCCUGAGUGGUUUAGGGCGGUCAAUUAUUCAAUGGAUGGGCAGCCGCGGCGCUCAAGAGAUCGUGGUAUUGUCUCGCCGUGGUCCCCACGCCCCAGACGCGCAGACACUCGUCAAUGCACUGGCUAAGCGUGGGGUGCGUGUCCACCCUGUCGCUUGUGAUCUGAGCAGCUCGGAGCAGGUGGUGCGGGCCAUCAAAGAAGCAUCCUCCAUUCUGCCGGUCAAGGGUAUCGUCCAUUGCGCGGUGUCAUAUCAGGACAUUUCCUUCCAUAAGAUCUCCCUCGAGGGCUGGCGCGAUGGUCUCGCCGCCAAAGUGCGCGGAACAUGGAAUCUGCACGAAGCCACGAAGGCCCUGCCGCUGGAUUUCUUCGUCAUGACCACGUCGAUCCUCUCGGUCCUCAGCUUCGCCACUCAGGGUGCCUACACCGCCGCCAACAAUUUCCAGGAUCAGUUUGCGCGCUAUCGCCGCCGCCAGGGCCUUCCCGCUACAGCCGCCCAGUUUGGAUUGGUCAACGAUGUCGGUCACCUCAGUACUGAUCCCCUGACACUCGACUUGAUGACUCGCAAUAAGGUUCUUACCGUGUCCGAGAGAUACUUCCUUCGCCUGCUGGAACCAGCGUUCCUCGGCGAUGUUAGCUCGCAAUUCACUAGCGCUGCAGUCGACCCAUUGGCAGCCGCGACAUAUGUGACCUACAUGGAUCCGGCGCACAUGGCCCAGAAGGAGCGAGAGAAUACCGAAAUUGGAAUCCGCAGUGUCGCCCAGCCACGCUGGUACAAUGACGCGCGUGUAUCACACGUGAUUCGUGGGUUCGACGACGCGAUGCGCCAUAAUGGAGGAGAUGAGAACUCAGGAUCGGCCGGAGGCCUGGAAGGUGAACGCUCUACCACUGCACGAAACCGGCGCGAAUUUGAUGAUGCGGUUGGAAAAACACGUACCGCAUCUGACGGGAAUGAAAAGCUUGAGCUGCGCGCCCUGGCGCUGCAGCUUACUACAAGUUUGAUUGCCACCACAGUCGCGACAAUGCUGCUGAUGGAUCUAUCAGCUGUCAAUACGGCUCGCGCUGUGUCUGACCAUGGUGUGGACAGUCUCAUUGCGGCGGAGCUGCGCAACUGGUUCCACUUGGCUCUUGGAUCCAAGAUAAGCAUGGUAGAUCUGCUGGACCCGCGCACCAGUAUCAAUGCCCUGGCGGCAAAGGUGGUUGAUGCUGCUGUGGACUUUCAGGGAUGA